AUGCACUGGCUUAGGAAAAAACAGAAUUUAGUUGUAAAUGCUGGACGAGACCGUGAAAUGGGUGGAGGGAUUACGCAACCAGCUGCAAACAGCAUUGGUCAGAGACCGAAUAGUAAUCCAGCAAAUGUUAACAGUGGAAGUAAUCAUUUGAUGCCAGCUGCAGUAAUUAAUAACCCCAAUGGAGAAGCUGAAGUCACCAGUAUUCCAGACGAUUCGUCCAAUAAACAUUUUCAAAUUAAACGGUGGAAUGCGUGUGCAUGUUGGUCAUGGGAUGUGAUGCACGACACGUGUGUAAUAUGUCGUAAUGCCCUAAUGAGUUUAUGUAUUCAUUGUCAGGCAAAAGUUGGGACGAAUCCUCUGGAUGAAAGUUGCCUUGUAGCAUGGGGCGCUUGUAAUGUAGGUAUUUCGAUGUUGUUUAUAAUGUGUGCUUCAUUUCAAGCCUAG